UUGGAGCUACAGUGGACUCGGACUGGGAUUUUCUGACGCCGUAUGUUUUUCCUAAAAUAUCUGUUCCCAUACAUUGUUGGAGUUCGUCAACCGUGCGCUAUCGGCGCCGUAAUCGGCAGUGGAAAUGAUGAACUCCAGUGUCGACCUGUCCCGGCGGAAUCCGCAGGAGGAUUUCGAGCUGAUCCAGCGGAUAGGAAGCGGCACAUACGGCGAUGUGUACAAGGCUCGUAAUGUCAACACAGGAGAGCUGGCUGCUAUCAAAGUCAUCAAACUGGAACCGGGUGAGGACUUUGCUGUUGUCCAGCAGGAGAUUAUAAUGAUGAAGGACUGUAAACACUCCAACAUUGUAGCCUAUUUUGGCAGUUAUCUCCGGAGAGAUAAGUUAUGGAUCAGUAUGGAGUACUGUGGAGGAGGUUCACUGCAGGAUAUCUAUCACGUAACCGGGCCUUUGUCAGAGUCACAGAUAGCCUACAUGUCACGGGAGACCCUGCAGGGUUUGUACUACCUACACAAUAAAUGCAAAAUGCACAGAGACAUCAAGGGAGCCAACAUCCUCCUGACAGACAAUGGCUAUGUUAAACUAGCUGACUUUGGUGUAUCGGCCCAGAUCACAGCAACUCUAGCCAAGAGGAAGUCAUUCAUCGGAACUCCGUACUGGAUGGCUCCAGAGGUAGCAGCAGUGGAGAGGAAAGGAGGUUACAACCAGCUGUGUGAUAUCUGGGCUGUGGGCAUUACUGCAAUAGAGCUGGCUGAGCUACAGCCGCCCAUGUUUGACCUGCACCCCAUGAGGGCUCUCUUCUUAAUGACCAAGAGUAAUUUCCAGCCUCCCAAGUUGAAAGAUAAAGUCAAGUGGACAAAUAACUUCCACCAUUUUGUCAAACUCGCCCUCACCAAGAACCCAAAGAAGAGGCCCACAGCUGAGAAACUGCUGCAGCACCCUUUUGUGUCGCAGCCUCUCAGCAGGACGCUGGCGAUAGAACUGCUGGACAAAGCCAACAACCCCGACCACAGCACCUUCAAUGACUUUGACGAUGAUGACCCUGAGCCAGAGUCUCCGGUCUCUGUUCCUCAUCGUAUUCGUUCCACCAGCAGGAGCGCCAGGGAGGGAAAGACGCUGUCGGAGAUUAACUUUGGUCAGGUGAAGUUUGAUCCUCCCUUGAGAAAGGAGACGGAGCCUCAUCAUGAGCCGUGUGAAUCUGAGCCCUAUCUGGACUGUGUUGAGGAGCUCUACUAUACCGCGAGAUCUAAUCUGGACUUGCAGCUGGAGUAUGGACACGAUUCACCAAGUCUGCUGGGAGGAAACAAGAGUCUUCUCAAAUCUGUGGAGGAGGAACUACAGCAGAGGGGCCAUGUGGCACACUUAGGGGAUGAUGAUGAUGAGGAUGAUGAUGGUGCAGAUGAUGAUGAAACUCACACUCAUAAAUCAAGCACUAUCAUGAGGCCAAAGGUCCCGCCUCCACUUCCUCCCAAGCCGAAGUCGAUCUGCUCGUCCCAUCCCCCGCAGCAGCAGCAACAACUAAAACACGACGACAGCCAUUCACACAGCGAGGACGACGGCGGAGGCGGAGGGACCAUCAAGCGCUGCCCAGUCCCAGAGACGCCGAGCCCCGCCAAGCCCGCCUCCAACGUCCCCCCGCGGCCCCCGCCCCCGAAGCUGCCACCCCACCGCCGCAGCAGCCUAGGUAACGAGAGCCCGAAGCGCACGGACGUCGAAAACUCUGCCCCAGAGGAUGAUGGGAGCUUUAGGCAUUUCUGGGAGUGGCUCCACACGCCUCACACAGAGGAGGAGCUGGAGGAGGCUUGGGAGGUGCUGAAGGAGGUGAAAGAGGAGCAGGAAAAAGAGGAGAUAAAGGAUAAGAGGAAUGGGUUGAACACAGCGCCACACGGUGGUGGGGAGAGGGAAAGUCCAGCAGACAGACAGUCCACCAUGCCCCCUAGUGUCCCCAUACGGAAAGACAAGAAGGAUGUCCCGAAGCCAAUCAGUAACGGCCUCCCCCCGACACCCAAAGUCCAUAUGGGUGCGUGUUUCUCCAAGGUGUUCAACGGCUGUCCUCUGAAGAUCCACUGUGCCACCUCCUGGAUCAACCCCGACACCAGAGACCAGUAUUUGAUAUUCGGAGCUGAAGAGGGAAUCUACACGUUAAACCUUAAUGAGCUGCACGAGACCUCGAUGGAACAGCUCUUUCCCCGGCGGUGUACCUGGCUAUAUGUCAUGAACAAUUGUCUUCUUUCCAUAUCUGGAAAAGCCUCUCAGCUGUACUCCCACACUCUGAGCGGCCUGUUCGAACAGGCCAGACAGUUACAGAAGUUACCAGUAGCCAUUCCCACACACAAGCUGCCUGAUAAGAUGAUUCCCAGGAAGUUUGCGGUGUCCACUAAAAUUCCAGACACUAAAGGGUGCCAAAAGUGCUGCGUAGUUCGUAACCCGUACACAGGCCACAAGUACCUGUGUGGAGCCUUUCAGUCUAGUGUCAUGCUGUUGGAGUGGGUGGAGUCCAUGCAGAAGUUCAUGCUCAUCAAGAACAUCGACUUCCCGUUACCGUGUCCGUUGGAGGUCUUUGAGAUGUUGGUGGUCCCGGAGCAGACGUACCCUCUGAUCUGUGUGGCCGUCAGUAAAGGCACCGAACUCAACCAGGUGGUCCGGUUCGGCACCGUCAACCCCAACUCUACCUCCUCCUGGUUCACAGAAGCAGACACACCACAGACGUGUGUGAUCCACGUCACACAGCUAGAGAGAGACACUAUCUUAGUCUGCCUCGACAGGUGUAUAAAGAUCGUGAACCUCCAGGGCAGGUUGAAAUCCAGCAGGAAGUUGUCAGCUGAGCUCACCUUCAACUUCCAGAUCGAAUCCACAGUUUGUCUCCAAGACAGUGUACUGGCCUUCUGGAAGCACGGCAUGCAGGGACGCAGUUUCAAGACCAAUGAGAUCACCCAGGAGAUCUCUGAUAGCACACGCAUCUUCAGACUACUGGGAUCAGACAGGGUGGUGGUGCUGGAGAGCAGGCCUACAGACAACCCCACAGCCCACAGCAACCUCUACAUCCUGGCAGGCCACGAAAACAGCUACUGAGACACACAGACACACACACAUGCACAUAAACACACUCUCUAAACAGCCUACCACUAAUGCAAACAAGGGAGUGAGCGACCGGGAGACACACUCAGCCCCAACCUUACCGCUAACCCACCCACCAGACCUCCUGUGUAACUGGGAGACGAGCCGUUAAUGGGUGCAGAUGUGGAUUCCCAGUUGUUUAUAAAUGCACCGCAGUGUUAUAUGUGUAUUAGUUAAGCGUGUUGUAGUAGGGCGGCAGGUUGUGGAGCCGUUCCCGCUGUUAAAACCGCUGGUCCCAGGCCAGUUUGGGUUGAGAUAGCCGCGGGAAUCUGCACCUUAGUCGAGCGACUUCAACCCAGAAUCCUUCCUGACACCAUCCCACCUUUCCCUGCAUACUGCACACUGGGAAAACCGCAUCCAGCACAGAAGUCUGACGCCAACACUACUUCUACUACUAGUUCUACACAUACUACUACUACUACUGCUACUCGCGCUAAAGCUUCACAGAAGAGCCAUCUUGCACAGAAAACCUUUCAUCGUCCUUCCCUCUGUCUCCCUUUUUUUUUUAAACUACACCUUUAUUUAUUGUGGCAUGAUGUAACUUUAACAACCAGGAUGGCUUUCCUGUUUUAUUUGUUUUUUAAAAAAGAAAAGAAAAAAAAAAAGAAAACCGACUAAAAAGCUUCGCCACUUCUGCUAGCAUCGAACUCCAGUACCCGUCACCACACCACACAAGUGCUUAAUUGACCUCUAUUUAAUUGUUGUAAAUAUAAAUGUAGUAUUUUUUUGACAGAGACGAACACUAAAAAGACUGGUCAUGUAGAUAGGCGUGUGUAUAGUUGCUCUGAGAAGAACAGAGAGAGAGACAGGCACGGAGGAGUGACGGGGCGGUUAAUUCACUUCCUGGUUCCCUGAUCACGUGACGAGGGAGAGGAAGCAGAGAGCCCUGCGGUCUCCUCAGGUGAACAGCUUUAGCAAUCCGAUAUUACACGAAUAAUCCGGAGCUCAGGAUCGAACCGAGCGAAACACAGGAAGCAGCACCGAUUGGUCAUUUUAAUUUUGCAUGCGCCACCAUCAAAACUUCCUGCUCGUUCGCACCAUAGCAACAGUCGUCAGGGCAACAGAGGUUACAAAUUCUGCUCAUUUUAAGUUUUUCCAGCCGUCAUUUUAUGUUAACGCUGUUUUAAUCAGAAAGCUUUUUUUACUUUGCUAUUUUUUUAUUUUUAUGGAACCACUGGUGUUAAAAAUUUGCACAGAGACAAAGGUAUUUGAUAAACAAAUGUGAUGUCAUUAUAAUAUAUGACCUUGUGUGUAUGCACAGUGUGUGUGCGUGUGUAUGUGUGUGUGCGUAGGCAUAGAAUAUGCACAUACAAGUGCGUCAUGUACAGAUUUUGGCUAUAACAAGUGACAGUGGUGUUUAUCAAGAGAAGGCCGCCUGACAAGAGCAACAACAGAUAUUAAAAACCAAUUUUAAAAAAGCUGGAUUUACACAGAAGGAAAAAUUAUUUAUAUUUAUUCAGUAGAGCUGGUUUGUAUUAAAUGUUAGCAUUAAAAUUAGCUUCUGUGGAAUGUGGUUUGACAUAUUUCACCAUGAAUAACCAGGAACUAUCUAAAUAAUUAGUGUCCGGAAACCACUCCUUGUGGUACUCCGAAGAGGACAAAACAAACACUACAACUUGUUUUAAAAUACUGCUUGAAGAAUAUCUAUCAAGAGAAGACAGAAUCACAUUUGGGCCAAAUUAAAUGCAAAUAAAGAGCCAGUGCUUCCCAUUCUUAGCUGGCUUCUGUUCUGCUAGUCACUAAAACAAAAUGGCUUCUCUCACUGAAAGCUUCUGUGUACAUCCAAUCAUUUAAUCCUUUUAGUCAUAUUCGGAGAAGUGUUUUAACUUCGGCCUUCAUCGCUGUGACUUCUUUAAAGGCUGACAUCUGUAUAAGAGAUCACUACAUGCAUGUAGAUGUGCACCGUGUGGUGUAUAGGAGCGUCUACAUGUGGCAGUACACUACCAGUCUUUACAAGCUGUGACACUAGAGGUUGCUUCAGAGGACAUGAACACUAGUUUAGCUGGAUUUAACCGAGGCACCAUCACUGAACCUGAGAUCUUACAGAGCUGAAACGUUUCGGUUCAUGUGUCAAGUUUCCCAUUCAGUUCUUUGUUCUCUCUCACUAAAGAGUACAGCUGAUAUCUAAACCAGCCACAAAAUUAACAAGUUGGAAAGGUUAAAAGCUGCUCCUCACACGCAGCAUUAAGUGAUGUCAUCACAUCAAUGAAAAAUUAAAUACCAUUAAUAUGAUGAUAAAGAAUUUAUUACCACUAUGGCCACAUACCUCUGAAUUUAAUGGGCAGUGUGGUCGGGGUGUAAAUUACCAGUGUCAUCACGAUGCAGUAUUAUAUCGAUUCUUUGGACAACGAUACGAUAAUUGCCGAUAUUACAAAGUCUGUCACGAUACGAUUUCGAUUCGUGAUUGAUAUGAGAUGAUAUUAAAUGCCCAUCUAACACAAUCAGUCACAAAGGAAGCUGCCAUCCAUUCUCUUUUGCUUUUGGCCAUAAAAGAUAAAAACAACGCAUAUAUAAAUAACUGUAGCCUCUUAAGUGCAGUGAAGCUAACGUUAAACUGACUGAAGUUAACCUUCAGGGCUUUCAAUCGUUUUCCGAAAACUUCUCAAACUUCUCCCAGCAGCUAUAAAACAUGGAUUAACGACAGCAGUGUUUAACAUAAGUAUCUCAGCUCAGUAAUAGCUGUCAAGGUUCAUGGACAAAACAAUUGUUGUUGCUAAUCACCCAUUAUUAGCUUUAGCAUGUUAACAUUGCAUAAGUUAGCCUAGUGGCUAGCGGACUUUUUCCUCUACUUAUAGCCAAACAGAUUACAUGUAACAUUAUUUUUCUCAAUCACCAUUGGUUUAAGUCACCGGGAAGUUAGUGAAGUGAGAUGGCCGUCCGGGCAGGUAACGUUAUGUCGUGUUUUAUCUCCUAACACCAUUGUUCACGUACGGCAUGUGCUUUGUCUAUUGACACUGCUGAUGUAUUCCCGAAUAAAUCUCUUUUCUCUUGGCUGCUCGCCAUCUGCCUGCCACUGUUUAACAGUGACGCAGACUUUCAGAAUAAAAGCGCACCCUAAAGAUGAUGAUAUAGAUCGGUGUUUUCACUUUGUAUCGAUGAUACAGGACCAUUGAUCAUCGAAUUGAUAUAUCGAUCCAAAUCGAUGGAUUGUUACACCCCUAAAAUGUGGUAUGUUAUAAAACAUGACUAAAGAUUUAACACGUCAUCAGUCGCUACAAACAUAACUGAAACCCAACAAUGUCAAUCUUUUAAGAAUUAAGGCUGGCUGUGGAGUAAAUGGAAGAUUUACUAAUGGAUGAGAACAUUUCAGCUCUGUAUGGAUGUGUCACUGAAUGUUACUAAGGUGGUUUUAAAGGGACAUGUAACCAUGUUGAAGGACUGACAGUUUAAGAAAAUGAUGUGUCAAAAAGUGGAAAUCUCAACCUUUUUUGGUCACUUAUCCAACAUGGCAGCAUGUCCGUCAGUGACAGGAAUCACACCAACAUCCCUACGCACACUUCACUAUGUUUUCAUGGGGUUUUAAACUGAUCCGCUCACUGGAUUCCAGCUCCUGAUGCUGUAUUGCUCUGUUGUGGUGAAGUAGCUAAAACACGCAUAUUCUAGUUCAGUGUAGAGAGCUUGAAUCCACUGUGAGGAUUUAAAUUAUUUGUGUGCUUUUUUAAAACACUUGAGCUCAAUUUUCUUCUAUAAAAUGCCCACGGAGUGUUACGCUGGAAAACACGUUAGAAAUAUGAAUCAUACGAGACAUGAAGACAACACAUUUAAUUGUCAGUUUGGAGUGGAAAAUGCCAUAGAAGCCAUAGAAGAGAGGGGGUUAACUCAUUUCUAGGGCAGGACAUUUGCUUAAACCAGGAUUUAAACUGUUAUUCAGAGCGUAGUACAGUUAGUUUGGACUUUUGUUUUGAAAUACCGUCAAAGUGAACAACAUCCCCAAGUUAGCAAUUGAGCCCAAAUCAUGCUAAUACGUAUGUGUCGAGCCAAAAUUAGGGCUGCCUCCGAAUAAGAAUUUUCCUUGUCGACCAGUAGUCGUCAUUUAGGGCCAUUAGUCGACUAGUCGCCCACAUGUUUUUGAUAUUAAUUAAUUAAUCAUUAAAUUAUAUAUUUUGCUGUCAGCAAAGCAGUAAUGAUUGUGCUAAGUG